AAGAAUCAGCAGCGAAGAAAAGUGAAAAACUCGAGUCAGCCCUCUUGUGCGUCAAAAUUUUGUUCGGUGUGCAAUUGUGAUUUUAAUCCGUAAAAAUCAUAAAUAUAAAUUGUUUAAUCAAUUAAAAGGUGACUAAAAUCAUUUUGCCAAAAGAACAAUGGCUCCGAAAGCAAGCUUCGUUCCUGUUAAACCAAAAGGGCAAGCCUUCAAAGAUAAAUCGAAGCCGGCUGAUGUGCGUCUAUCAAACAUUCAGGCAGCAAAAGCUGUCUCCGAUGCCAUUCGCACCAGCUUAGGCCCACGCGGAAUGGACAAAAUGAUUCAAGCCGGCAAUGGUGAAGUUUCGAUCACAAAUGAUGGCGCAACUAUUCUAAAACAGAUGAACGUACUGCACCCUGCUGCGAAAAUGCUUGUUGAAUUAUCACGUGCUCAAGAUGUUGAAGCCGGUGAUGGCACAACAUCGGUGGUAGUUAUUGCCGGCGCUUUAUUGGAAGCUUGUGAAAAGUUGUUACACAAGGGUAUUCAUCCCACAGCUAUUUCGGAUUCUUUCCAACGUUGCGCGGACAAAGCUAUUGCAAUCCUUACAGAUAUGUCAACUCCCAUUGAGUUGACUGAUCGUGAUACACUUAUCAAGAGUGCUUCAACUUCUUUGAAUUCGAAAGUGGUUUCUCAGCAAAGCAGCCUUUUGGCUCCUAUUGCCGUUGAUGCUGUUUUAAAUGUGACAGAGCCAGGCAAGGAGGGCGCCGUUGACUUGAAAAAUAUUAAGGUUAUUCGUAGCCUUGGUGGUACUGUUGAGGACACUGAGCUGAUUGAAGGUUUGGUGUUUACUUCGCGUUCGGCCGGCACAAAUGCGCCCAAACGCAUCGAAAAGGCAAAAAUUGGCUUGAUACAGUUCUGCAUUUCGGCACCAAAGACCGAUAUGGAUCACAACGUCAUUGUGUCGGAUUAUGCCGCUAUGGAUCGUGUGUUGAAAGAAGAACGCGCGUAUAUUUUGAAUAUUGUAAAACAGAUUAAAAAGGCUGGCUGCAAUGUACUUUUGGUGCAGAAAUCAAUCUUAAGAGAUGCUGUUUCUGAUUUGGCCCAACAUUUCCUUGACAAGAUUAAGUGCCUUGUUGUUAAGGAUGUUGAGCGUGAAGACAUCGAGUUUGUUUGCAAAACCUUGAACUGUCGUCCCAUUGCUUCAUUGGAUCACUUUGUUUCCGAAAAUCUAGUGAGUGCUGAUUUAGUCGAAGAGGUGCCAAGUGGCACUACUAAGUUCGUCAAGAUUACCGGCAUUCAGAACCCUGGACGCACCGUAUCCAUCGUUUGCCGUGGUUCAAACAAAUUGGUGCUCGAAGAAGCGGCACGUUCGUUGCACGAUGCUCUCUGUGUAGUGCGUUGUUUAGUGAAGAAGCAGGCUCAAAUCGUUGGUGGUGGUGCGCCUGAAAUAGAAAUGGCUUUGCAACUAGCAGCCUAUGCACAGACAGUAGAAGGUGUUGACGCUUACUGUUUCCGUGCAUUCGCUGAUGCCUUGGAGGUUAUACCAUCUACAUUAGCUGAAAACGCUGGUCUCAAUCCGAUUGCUACUGUAACAGAGUUGAGAAAUCGUCAUGCGCAAGGCGAGAAAACGGCUGGUAUUAAUGUGCGCAAGGGUGCUAUCACCGACAUACUGGCUGAAAAUGUAUUACAACCGCUAUUGGUCAGUAUUUCGGCAAUUUCGCUGUCCACCGAAACAGUGCGUUCCAUUCUAAAGAUUGAUGAUAUCGUAAACACCUUGAGUUAAAUUAAUCUCCCAUACACUGGAACACAAUUAAGGAAUCUUACGACGCUAUAUUGUGAAGUCUAUUUCUAAACAUUUUUUGUUCGCAUUAAUCAUUAACUUAAAUUGAACUAAAUAUGAACGUAAGCCGGUUCAAGGGCCGCCAACUCUUCACCCAAUUUCACUACUACACAAAGAAAAUAUACUAAAUGCUUGAUUAAACUCCAUGCUAAAAA